UCCAAAGAGAAGGAGAGGCAGAGAGAGACAGAGAGACGCAAAACGGCAGCAGAAAGCAAAGCCAUGGUGUCGUACGUGAACGCCUUGCUGUACGGCGUCGGAGGCCUCGUCGUCGCCGGCAUGGCUCUACUGGUGGCGCUGCAGGAGCGACUUGUCUACGUGCCGGUCUUACCAGGCUUGACCAAGUCCUACCAGAUUACGCCGGCCCGCCUCCGCCUCACUUACGAGGACGUCUGGCUCCGAUCCCCCGACGGCGUUCGCCUCCACGCCUGGUUCAUCAAGCUCUUCCCUGACUGCCGAGGUCCAACACUAUUGUUUUUCCAGGAGAAUGCUGGAAAUAUUGCACAUCGUCUUGAGAUGGUUCGCAUAAUGUUGCAAAAGUUGCAGUGCAAUGUUUUUAUGCUCUCGUAUCGAGGCUAUGGAGCAAGUGACGGAUUUCCUUCUCAACAUGGAAUUACUAAAGAUGCUCAGGCUGCGUUGGAUCAUCUUUCUCAGAGGACUGACAUUGACACAUCUAGAAUAGUUGUCUUCGGAAGGUCACUUGGAGGUGCAGUUGGAUCUGUGGUUGCUAAAAAUAACCCCGAUAAGGUUGCGGCACUUAUUGUUGAAAACACCUUCACAUCCAUUUUGGACAUGGCUGGAGUUUUGCUGCCCUUCCUGAAGUAUUUUAUCGGAGGCAGUGGUUGCAAAGGUCCUAAAAUCCUUAAUUUCCUUGUGCGCUCUCCCUGGAGUACAAUCGAUGUCAUUGGUGAGGUUAAGCAGCCGAUCCUAUUUCUCUCGGGUAUGCAAGAUGAGAUGAUUCCCCCUGCCCACAUGCAAAUGCUGUAUGCUAAAGCAGCAACUCAUAAUAGACGAUGUGUUUUUGUGGAAUUUCCUAACGGUAUGCAUAUGGAUACUUGGCUCUCUGGUGGUGAUCAUUAUUGGAGAACAGUCAAGGAUUUUCUACAUGCGCAUGUUCCAGAGAGACAGGAUGAUGAAUCAUCAAUGACCGAUGUGGUGGCAAAGUGAUUGGGUGGAUUUUAGACUUCUCCAAGCAUAUAUCAUUGGCUCCUCCCCGCAGGACUCAAACUUUUUUUUUUACCUUUUCUGAAGCUGCAGCACUUAAAAGCUCUAUUUGAGGAGUCGCACUGCCAAGACCUGCCUGCACCACCUCUGUAGGUUUCCCUGUAAAAGAUUUUGCUUACAAAGGAUGCAGACACAUGUGAAUGCCUUGGAUAAUACUACAUCGCUUUUGACACACUUGAAUCCUAAUCUUCCCCUGCACCAACCCCCCAUUGUAUGAAAUAAGAUCUCUUGCAAAUAUUUGUGGAGUUUAGCACUGGACUGCUUGUAUCUCAGUUAUCGUGGUGCUUUAGGACAUUGCGAUAUAAUUGGUUAGUUUGAGAUUCCCAUAGUCAUUCAAAGCUUUGCGUAGUCGAUUAGGCCUUACUGCUGGAUAAGACAUGAAAAUUUCCAGU